AGACAAAACCAUUCGGUCAGCUUCUUUCAAAUCCCUCACAAAGCACUCGCAUUGUGCCCUUCAGAUACUCCACUCACCUCCACAAUGAAGUUCGCAUCCUCCAUCUUCUCCUUGCUUGCGCUCGCUCUCCCUGCAUUCUCCCAAACAACAACACAAACUCUGUCCUACGAUACCGCGUACGACAAUUCCUCCGGACUCCUCUCUAAUCUAGCCUGCUCGGAUGGUGAAUAUGGACUUGAAACCAAGGGGUACAAUACGCUUGGAGAGCUGCCCAACUUUCCCAACGUCGGGGGCGUGUACACCGUUACGGGCUGGGACUCUCCUGGAUGCGGGACGUGCUACAACGUCACAUACGGCAGCACGAGUAUCUAUAUUCUCGCAGUGGAUGUGUCGCUAGAGGGGUUUAACAUCGCGCAAGCUGCGAUGAAUACGCUGACAGGAAAUCUGGCUUCCGAGCUUGGCAGAAUUAACGUGCAGUCGACACAAGUGGACGCCUCUUACUGUGGGAUCAGCGCAUGAGCCAAAGAAGUGUGGUGGUAGCUCUUUGGUUCGUACCCCAUCCCUUAAGGUGAUGCUGCGCUAACGGAUAAUCGACUUCAGGUGGACUGAUGGACUAGCCUUUCACCUUCGGACAUUACAUCCUUCAGAUACUAGAUAUCUUCUUGCUUACUGUUCAGCCUCGGACUUUUUAACUAUGACAAGGACAU